CUAAAAUUUCUCCACCAUUACCUUUUCUUCUUCACCUUAAAACGAAAGCUGAUAGACGACGUCAACGGGUAUUAAACCAUAGCCAGCAUUAUGUCAUCGUCCGGUCACGAUUUUUGCAGUUCACCAUCGUUUGUAACCAAGGAGACAUAACUAUUAUGAACUGAAAGAAAACCAAUUUUAAUGAUUCCACAAUGGCCACGCGGACGCGGUAUUGUUAAUACGUAGAGGAAAUCCUCGCUAUGAUAGAAGUGGAAGCACGUUUGGGAUAUUAGCCCUGUCAUUAUGAGUCAUAACAACAAACAACAAGGGGUAUAUAAGCCCAAUAUUCAGCCGUCAUUAUUCAAUGAUAGUGACGAAGUUUUUCAUCGCAGCUUCAAUAUACAGUUUUACGAGAACGACUGCAGUCUUAGGGAAAGAAGUCAUGGAAAGAUCUAUCGCAAAACUCGAAACAGCUCGUCAGAAACGAGAAGGUGGAGGGUUCCUUGUGCGUAGACCGGUUGGCGAUAAAAUUAAUUUCAGCGCUUGUGAUCCUUUUUUAAUGCUGGAUCAUAUGGGCCCGUCAGAUUAUGGCCCAGGAGAAGCAGUUGGCGCUCCUGAUCAUCCUCAUAGGGGAUUUGAAACUGUCACAUAUAUAAUUGAAGGAAGUAUGACACACAAAGACAGUGUAGGGAACAGUGGUAACCUGCUACCAGGCUGGGUUCAGUGGAUGACAGCAGGAAGUGGAGUGGUGCACAGUGAAAUGCCAAGUGAAGAACUGUUGAAGAAUGGUGGAAGAUUAGAGGGGUUCCAGCUAUGGGUGAAUCUGCCAAAGAAAGAUAAGAUGAUUAAACCUCGCUACCAAGAUACUGCAGCUGAGAAAAUCCCUGUUGUGAAAUCAAAGGAUGGUAAAACAACAGUGAAAGUAAUAGCUGGUGAGAGUUUGGAGACAAAGGCAGUUAUCGAGACUAAAUCUCCAAUAUUGUACCUUGAUAUCCAAGUUUCACCUGGUGGGUCCUUCACUCAGAAAGUACCAAGUGACUUCAAUUGCUUUAUAUACACUUGGAGGGGAUCUGGGUUUAUUGGGGACACUCCAGUAAAGAUGGGGCAGGUUGCAUUGCUCUCAAAGAAUGGUGACCAAGUUACUGUCAAAGGUGCCACAGAAGAAACUGUUCAUGUUUUGCUAAUUGGUGGUGUUCCUAUUAACGAACCCAUUGCGCACCAUGGUCCCUUUGUGAUGAACACUUGGGAGGAGAUUGAUGAAGCAAUUCGAGAUUAUCACAGUGGAAAGUUGGGGCAAAUUGAUGGAGCUGAUGAGAGAUACGAGAGAACCAGACAGGCUGUCGCACAACAGAAGAACACAGGGAAAUGGCAUGAUUCAUUGUAAAUAUUUCAACCCAAUCUCAACGCCGCUGUAAAAUUCAUUUUAAACUAUAUAAUGUUGUAUAAACAAUGUAGUUAGGUUAAGUAAAGUAGGUAGAGAUUGCGUUUCUCGAACGUGGAUAAAACCCAACGCAAUUAGCGUAUUCCAUAACAUUCUCCAAUGUAUUUAGAACGCUAAAUUGGAACAAAGAACAUAUCGAACUUAUAUUUGUUCAAUUAUGAGAUAUUUUCGGGUAUAAAAUCUCGUUUAUUAAUUUCUUAUAUUUCCUAUUCAAUAUUUGAAAACUAUAUCCAUUUGUCAAUAAAUAACAGUAUAAAUGCA